GGUUGGUGAGGUCUGGAGGCCCUCUCGGGCUCUCUUGGAGCCCAUGGCUCAGCCUCUGCCGCCUCGGCUCCCCGCGGCUCAGGACCCCCCCCGCCGCCCUCCUGCCGCUCCUCCUCCUCUUGCCUCCCGACCCUCCCCGUCCCCCCCCUCGCCCCACUCCCCGCCGAUGGGCAUGGCGUCGGAGCCCGACGGCGCUUUGGGGGGCGGGAUUCUGGAACCACAGCUGGAGCAGCUGUCGCGCAUGCUGGAGGCAGUGCUGCGCGACCCGGCGGACCUCACCUACGUGAGGAACGACGGGUUCGCCAUGCUCAGCGAGGUGCUGAUGACCGAGCAGGUCGGGCCGCUCGCCGACGGCUUGGCGCCUGGGGCCCUGGCGGCUCUGCAGGCCGAGGACGAGCCUCCGAGCCCAGUCCUGACCGCGGUGCGCGAGGUCGUCGAGGCCGCGCUGCUGCCAGACGGCCGCCAGCGCUUCGAGCUCUGGGACAGCGACGCGUCGGUCGUUGACUCGUGGAUCCGCGCCGUGCCCGGGGACGCGGAGGCCGCCGCGGCUGCCGAGCGCAGCGACGGGGAGGGCCGCGGCUCCACGAAGGGCCCGGCGGCGCUCCACGGGCAAGGGGGGCUCUGGCAGGGCGCCUGGCAGGACAGCUGCAACGGGGACAGCCAGAACGGCCGGGAGACCACGAGAGGGGACGACCAGCAGAUCCAGCUGGGCCCGUCCCCGCUGCUUCAGCAGUGCCUCGGGGGCGAGGCGGGCGCGCCGCUGGAGCCCGCGGCGCUGCCCUGGCAGCCUGCGCUGCCGGAGGCCACCCCGGUGCCGCCGCUGGAGCCGCAGCCCGCGGAGCCCGCCGAGGUCCGGCCGGCCGCGCCAGCGGAGCCCGCCGCGCCCGCGCAGGAGGCUCCAGCGUCGCAGCCGCUGGCGUCGCCGGAGCCGCAGCCAGCGCUGCCGCGCGCUGAGGC